GUCCCCCACGCAGCCACCGCCUGCCACCCGUGACCGUAUAUGGGAAUGGCAAAGUGGGCGACGCAGCAAUAGGAAAGGGGCGUGGAGGGGGCUGGUGGGAGCCCCCUCCCCAACCGGCCUGGAUGGGCACGCUGCGGCCCCAGCUCCUCUAACCAGCGUCCUUGGCGGUUGCUGCAGCUUGGGGUGGGGGCGGGGCAAGGCCAGGGAAGGCCAGGCUUGGGUUUUGGGGGAAGUUUGGGAAGGGUGUGUGUGGGUGGCCCUGCAGCUGCCCGGAGAACUUGGGGCUGUGCCUGGUUCCCCAGGGGCCCCUCCUGUUGCAACCUGGGAGCCCCACCCCCGGAGCCUAGGUGUUGCUGUCCUGCAGCCACUGGCCACUUGGCACCAGCACCUCGCGGUGCAGCUCUGAGGGAGCUGGCAUUGUGAAACCGCCCGGACGUCAUGGAACUGAACUUAACCUGUUGGCGGCCGGAGGAAAGUUGACAUGGCCUUAAAAGCUGCACCCGCACACCCCAGGGAAUUUAAGCUUGGUCAGGAGUAGAUUCCAUAGGGUGCUGGGUUGCCCCCCGCCCCGGACCCCACUGGGCUGUUUGGCAGGGCAGGGCCACCCACCCUCAAGGCAGGGGGGCUUGGCCCAAGGGCCUGGGGUGGGCGCUGCUUGGUGGUGGAGGGGUGGCUUCUUCUGGGGGACUCAUCCUCGUGCGCACGGUUGCUUGUCACGCUGCAGCUGCUGCAGCUGGGUUCGUCGCCGGUGGCUGUGGUUCUCUGUUUCGGAGAGGGUAGAAGGGGGAAGGGCGAGGAGGGGAGGAGCAGCCCGGGCCCUUGGAGCUCGGCCACCCCGCUGCCUUCCAUCUCUCCUCCCCCUUUUAUUUUGCACUAUUUCCUGUGGCGCGUUUGGCGCUAAAACUGUAAACUGUAGACCCUCUGAGCUAGCCACCGGCGGGGCAGGGAAGUUGCCCUCCCGCAAUGCAGGGGGGGCACGUAGCUGGGAUCCUGCCCCAUUCCACCUGGGAGUUCACCACCCUGUAACCAUGUCAGCAGCUGAUGCCACGUUGCAUAAUGGGUCCCUGAAGAAUUAAAACGCUGGCUGUUGCAAUGCCACGCAACUUCAGAGUCAGGCCCCGGCCCCCGCCCUGGGGCAUGUCAGAACUCCCCAGGGUUGGUCCAAGGAGGCAUGGGGGUGGUGGCUAGGGUCUGUGAAGAACCCGUUUCUGGCCCAGGAAUGGGCUGCAACUUUGGCAAACACUAGAGAGGCAUCCCACUCUUCCGUGGAGGGCUGGGUAGUGCCUGGGAAGAUCCAGCCCCCAGCUGUGGAUCACCCUUAGGCUGGCCUGCAGGCAGGAGCCUGGUGGCUGUAGUGACCGGUGCCUCCGCCCAUGGGCUUUAUUCAUUAUUUGGAAAUUGAGGCAGCCGGGAGCCAGACUCCGAGGAGGAGGCGGUGCUUCUCUAAGCUGCUCUGGCCACGCCCACCUGCUCAGCUGGGAGGAGCCCAGCGUUCACCAGGUGGCUACAAACCUGGCCAGACCCUGGCCUUGGUGGCCCGCCCCCGCCCCCAGCCCCUAAUUGGCUCAUUUGCCGCUGUGUAAACAAGGGCGCAGCCCCUCCCCCUGUUUAGUGCCUGGCCUUUAAGACAGAGCCCUCCCUUCUGCCGGAGGCACUCGUUAUCGGAAUCUUAAUGAGGUCAUUAGCAUCCAGCGCUUCUGACGGGAGGGAUGAGGUCGGCGCACACCUCGCUUGGGCUGGUUUGUCUUCCCUGGACCCCCGUGUCCACUUUGCUUCGCACAGAACCACAGGCCGAAGGCUGUGGGCAGGAGUGCCAGAGGUGCAGCCCUGAGCUUCUGCCUCCUGAGCACAGAGGGAACGGCAGGAGCAGCUGAUGGGAUAUCGGAAGAGAGGGCCGAAGCCCAAACCGCUAGUGGUGCAGGUGCCUACCUUUGCCCGUCGUUCCAAUGUCCUGACCGGCCUCCAGGACUCCUCCACUGACAACCGUGCCAAGCUGGAUUUGGGCGCGCAGGGGAAGGGCCAGGGGCAUCAGUACGAGCUCAACAGCAAGAAGCACCACCAGUACCAGCCGCACAGCAAGGAGCGGGCGGGCAAGCCCCCGCCGCCGGGCAAGAGCGGCAAGUACUACUACCAGCUCAACAGCAAGAAGCACCACCCCUACCAGCCCGACCCCAAAAUGUACGACCUGCAGUACCAGGGCGGCCACAAGGAGGCGCCCAGCCCCACCUGCCCGGACCUGGGGGCCAAGAGCCACCCGCCCGACAAGUGGGCGCAAGGUGCGGGGGCCAAAGGCUACCUGGGGGCGGUGAAGCCCCUGGCCGGUGCGGCGGGUGCUCCAGGCAAAGGCUCCGAGAAGGGCCCCCCCAACGGAAUGAUGCCGGCCCCCAAAGAGGCUGUGACGGGCAACGGGAUUGGGGGCAAGAUGAAGAUAGUCAAGAACAAGAACAAGAACGGACGCAUCGUGAUCGUGAUGAGCAAAUACAUGGAGAACGGCAUGCAGGCGGUGAAGAUCAAGUCCGGCGAGGUGGCGGAGGGGGAGGCUCGCUCCCCCAGCCACAAGAAGCGGGCAGCCGACGAGCGCCACCCUCCUGCCGACAGGACUUUUAAAAAGGCGGCGGGCGCAGAGGAGAAGAAGGUGGAGGCGCCGCCCAAGAGGAGGGAGGAGGAGGUGUCCGGGGUUAGCGAUCCGCAGCCCCAGGAUGCCGGCUCCCGCAAGCUGUCCCCGACCAAGGAGGCCUUUGGAGAGCAGCCCCUGCAGCUCACCACCAAGCCCGACCUGCUUGCCUGGGACCCGGCCCGGAACACGCACCCGCCCUCACACCACCCGCACCCGCACCCCCAUCACCACCACCACCACCACCACCACCACCACCACCACCACGCCGUCGGCCUGAAUCUCUCCCACGUGCGCAAGCGCUGCCUCUCCGAGACCCACGGCGAGCGCGAGCCCUGCAAGAAGCGGCUGACUGCGCGCAGCAUCAGCACCCCCACCUGCCUGGGGGGCAGCCCCGCCGCUGAGCGCCCGGCCGACCUGCCACCAGCAGCCGCCCUCCCGCAGCCCGAGGUCAUCCUGCUAGACUCAGACCUGGAUGAACCCAUAGACUUGCGCUGCGUCAAGACGCGCAGCGAGGCCGGGGAGCCGCCCAGCUCCCUCCAGGUGAAGCCCGAGACACCGGCGUCGGCGGCGGUGGCGGUGGCAGCGGCAGCGGCACCCACCACGACGGCGGAGAAGCCUCCAGCCGAGGCCCAGGACGAACCUGCAGAGUCGCUGAGCGAGUUCAAGCCCUUCUUUGGGAAUAUAAUUAUCACCGACGUCACCGCGAACUGCCUCACCGUUACUUUCAAGGAGUACGUGACGGUGUAGCUGGAGGGCGUCGGAAGGGGAAGCGCCAUUCCCGCGGGGGGGGGGGGGGCGGGGAGCUGAGCACCUGGGGCCUCGGGGCGGGCUCCCCUCUCGCCAACCCGCCAACCGCGAGAGACCCAGGCUGGCCCCCAGGGUGAGGACGCCCGGAGCGGAGGUAACCAUGUUCCCCCUGCGGCGGCUGUCAGACCUGGGCGGAGGCUCCUUCCACGCGGUGCCGGCGGGGCUCGCCCUCUCCUGCCCUUCCCCGCUGGAGAUGGACCCCCGGAACGGACAGGGCAGCUCUGCGCCCGGCCUCAGAGUUCUAGUAUUAUAUUUUAACCGUGCUAACUUGUCAAGUGCUGACUCUACUCCCGUUUGUACGUGGUGUUAUUAUUGAAAUGUAUUGUUUGAGCUCAAAAGGCCCGACCACCCCCCUUCGGGCUGCUAUAUAUAUAUUUAUUUGUAGGUAUUUAUAUAUUGAAAUAUAAAAACCUAGAUUUAUGGAGUUUCCUCUAGAUCAUGUUAUAUUCUAUAUCAGACAAACUAUUUUCUUUUGACCUUUCUUCCCCUCCAUCCAGUAUUUCGGUUGAUUUCAUUUUCUCCCCUCUCUUCCCCUUCCACGAACUGCAAUACCAGUAACCUUGGUAUAUAUUUUUUGAUACUGUACACAUGGAUGUCUUGUUUCUAUGUGCAAAAAAAAAAAAAGUUUGUUAAAAGGCUACACGAGCUCUCUAGAAACUGCUGCUACUAGAAAUGUCUAAACUAUAAGCUUCCAACUAUUACCUGCUUGAAUGUAAAUAUUAAAUGGAGAUGUUGAAGGUGCA